UCAUAACCAUUUGUUGGUUUUAUUUUUAAAAGUGUCCCCAAAAUCUAGCCCCUCUCAUCGACUUUCGACGCAAUUUGGAGUACGUAAUAAAAACAAAAUGAAAUCAAGGCGAGUGCACCCUUUUGAAAAGUGCCCGAAAUGUAUUCAUUUAUUUUCGGAUGCCCCCCUAGGACGUUCCCCCCUUUUUGUCUUUCCGCGGGGCCAAUCACCGCGAAGGGAUUAGAUGCACUUCGGGCGUGUGGCACCACAAGAUCUUUGUCAUGGAACUUGAAAAAGUGCCGAGGAGACGAGGAAACGUGCCGCAGACAACUGGCGAUUAUACCCUUUCAACGCAUUUUGGGCAAUCCGACAUGAAUAACAGGAAUGUGUGUGUUUUCCGAAAAUAAAUAAAACAUACUCACUCACGCCAUCAUCAUCAUCCAUCGGAACCCUUUUGCCAUUGUAUCUUUUUAUCGCUCGCCUGUUGCAUCAUCGACCUCAUCAUCGCCAUGGGGUUUUACCCUCGUCAAGCAUCGAGUACGAGCUCUCAAAUUAACCACCAAUAAAAAGGCAACACUUCAUAAAAAAAAAAA